UAAAGCACAUUUAGCGGAAGUAACAAAGUAGUAGCAGGUCAACACGCCUAUACUAUACCGACAUGGUUGCGACACAUACACUACGGCAUAGCACUAUUUAAUAACCAACUUCAACUUCAAACUAGAUAGAUAGAUAUCACUCAAAACUCAGAAAUAUUUUUCGAAACAAACAAAAAACAAUGGAUCUUCGUGAAUCAAUAGCCAACCAAACCAACGUAUCACUCAGCGUUGCAAAACAUCUCUUCUCCAAAGAAUCAGACAACAACAUCGUGUUUUCUCCACUUUCACUCCAAGUUGUGCUAAGUAUAAUCGCUUCUGGUUCUGAGGGUCCCACUCAACAACAACUUUUCAACUUCCUUCAAUCCAAAUCCACCGAUCAUCUCAACUACUUCGCUUCACAGCUCGUUUCCGUCAUCCUCUCCGACGCUUCUCCCGCCGGUGGUCCUCUCCUCUCUUUCGUCGACGGUGUUUGGGUUGAUCAAACCCUUUCUCUUCAACCUUCCUUCCAACAAAUCGUGUCCACUCAUUUUAAAGCAGCUUUGUCUUCCGUUGAUUUCCAGAACAAGGCUGUUGAAGUGACCAAUGAAGUGAAUUCAUGGGCUGAAAAAGAGACAAAUGGCCUUAUUAAAGAACUUCUUCCUCUUGGGUCGGUCAACAAUGCAACCCGGCUCAUCUUUGCCAAUGCACUAUACUUCAAAGGAGCGUGGAAUGAUAAGUUUGAUGCUUCAAAAACGGAAGACUACGAGUUUCACCUUUUGAAUGGUAGCCCAGUCAAGGUUCCCUUCAUGACCAGCAAGAAGAAGCAGUUUAUUAGAGCUUUUGAUGGUUUUAAAGUUCUCGGUCUUCCUUAUAAGCAAGGCGAAGAUAAGCGUCAAUUCACCAUGUACUUUUUUCUUCCAAAUGCAAAAGAUGGGUUGGCAGCUUUGGUCGAAAAGGUGGCUUCUGAAUCUGAGCUACUGCAACACAAGCUUCCAUUUGGUAAAGUGGAAGUAGGUGACUUUAGGAUUCCAAAGUUCAAUAUUUCAUUUGGACUUGAAACUUCUGAUAUGCUAAAGGAGCUAGGUGUGGUUUUACCUUUCUCUGGUGGAGGUCUGACAAAGAUGGUGAACUCUUCAGUUAGUCAAAACCUUUGUGUUUCCAAUAUAUUUCACAAGUCUUUCAUUGAAGUAAAUGAAGAAGGCACUGAAGCUGCUGCGGCAACUGCUGCAACUAUAUUGUUAAGGAGCGCCAUGAGUAUUCCACCUCGGCUAGACUUUGUAGCUGACCACCCUUUCUUAUUUAUGAUUAGAGAAGACUUGACCGGAACAAUCAUCUUUGUUGGACAGGUGCUCAAUCCUCUUGCUGGGUGAUUUGAGGGAACUACACUAUAUUGGUUCACCCAUAGAUAAAUAGGGAACUUAUUUUCUAAUAGAUUAAAUGUGUUUAUGAUGAAGAUAGUACUAUAUUUGGACAUGAUCCACGUGUGAGUUACAUUACAUGUAUUAAGGGAAGAGUCUAGAUGAGUUUAUUUGAUAGUAAUUUUGUUUAUGUUUGUAAGACUAUAAGAAUAAGUAUGAUAUUUUAUAACAUAUAAUUACUUCUGUUA